AUGGAACCUGUGUCAGAGUCUUUCAUUAUGGGUAUUGAUGAGGCCGGUCGCGGGCCUGUGCUAGGUCCCCUUGUCUAUGCAUGCUGUGCGUGUCAAGCGGGCCGCCUGCAGGAACUGGAAGCUACUGGAGUACGCGAUAGCAAAAAGCUUUCGGCACAGUGCCGGGAACGAAUCUUUCAAACCCUUGGAGAAAAUGCGGACUGGAUCUACAGUAGGACCCGUAUACUGAGUCCAGAAAUGCUCUCCGCAACGAUGCUCGGGCGGAAACGAGUGAACCUCAACGAGACCAGCUAUGCUGCCACCAUCUCGCUCGUGAAGGAUGCGCUUUCCUCCGGAAUGUUUAUCGAAGGGCUUUUUGUGGACACCGUUGGUGAGCCGGAUGCGUACCAGAUGCGGCUUAAACGCAUCUUCCCCAAGAUACCUCGUAUCGUUGUCCAAAGCGAGGCUGAGUCACGAUUCGCAGUGGUAGCUGCGGCUAGCAUCAUUGCGAAGGUCACCCGAGACAAGGCCCUUCGAACAUGGACCUUCCCUGAGGAGGCGAAUGACCCACAGCUGCGUUUCUCGCGCGAGUACGGCUCUGGCUAUCCCGCAGACCCGCUGACGCAGCGGUGGCUCCGCAAGCACCUGGACCCGAUUUUCGGUUUUCCUAGUAUUGUUCGGUUCAGUUGGUCAACCUGUUCCCGGAUUCUGGAGAAGGAAUGCGUGCAAGUAGACUGGCCGGAGGAGGAUUCUACCUCAGGAGCCCUGCUUCCUUUUAUCAUGAGAAGGAAAAAUCAUUCGCCGGGGCCAUGCGGCUGCGCUUUCCUCGAAGCGGCGCAUGUCCGGCGACUAGUGGUGGACGAGCCGCCACCAUUGCCGGUGCCAACACCAAAGUUGGUACCCGCGAAGCGACCCACCCGACGACGUCCUGACUGCGCGAAGCGCUCCCGGGUCGAGCGCAAGUCAGUUUCCAAGCCGUCUUCCAGACGCGAUCAAAAGCGAGCGUAG